CCAGCUUUGCAAACCAGACAAGACCCAGGAGGGCCUGACAAAGCCAAGAUGAAAUUCCCUCUACUUCUGGCUCUUCUAGUUGGGGGAGCAUCUGCUCUUCGUCUGAGCUCUGAAACUUCUGACUCCAAAAGCCCAUUGAUGGAUGAGAACCUGCCUAGGGGUGCAGAGAUAUCAGGACCGGAAGUAGAAGAGUGUCCUCCAGGGGAAGAGCUAAUGCCACUGGAGGAGAAGGAAGAAGGUUCUGGAAGUGAAGGUGUUCCUGGGGAUGAAGGAACUGUCUCAGGUCAGGAUGUGACAGAUGUGGACCUUCAGUGCCCCAAGGAAGAGGACACAACAAGUCUUAUAAGUGACUCUGGAUGCAAAACCUGUCGCUACCUCCUUGUCAGGAGGGCUGAAUGCUUUGACAAAGCUCAGUCAGUUUGCCGGAACUGCUACCGGGGCACCCUCGCCUCCAUCCACAGUUUCAGUGUUAACUUCCGAAUCCAGUCCUCUGUCAGGGCACUCAACCAGGGUCAAGUUUGGAUUGGAGGCAGGAUCGUGGGCUGGGGUCGCUGCAAACGCUUUCAAUGGGUUGAUGGAAGUUCUUGGAAUUUUGCAUACUGGGCUGCUGGGGAGCCUCGAUGUGGUGGUGGCAGAUGUGUGACCCUGUGUUCUCAAGGAGGCCACUGGCGUCGAUCUCACUGUGGCAUAGGACGUCCCUUCAUCUGUUCGUAUUGAGCUGGUCCCAGCUGGGAGUUCAAAUUCAUCCUCUCCUGGGUAACUGCCUCUUCUUUCCUGCCAGAUGUCCCCCUUCUUUCACCUCCCUAAAAUAAAGCCGCUUUACUAAAACAG